CACGAAAUGUGGCAGAGUAAUCCUACACAAAGCAAAAUCCAACACUCUGUGAUUAACAAUAGGAGUCAAAGUGAUAGGAGUACACUGUCUGUAUUGCUUGAGUGACUGUGAGGUUGUGUAGGUUCUCUCUUUAGGGUGAGUUCUUGUGAGGAAGAGAGAAAUGAUUAUAUUUCUCUAUUCUUGUCAAGGUUAUGAGUUCCACCCAAAGGGACUCUACUUGGAGUUAGAUUGGAAUAAGAAUAAGAACCUAGACACUAGGUCUCAAAGGGUAAGCCACCUUUGAGCCAAGACGUAAAGAAAUAGGUCAAACUUGGUUAACAAAACAUCUUGUGUACAUGUGUCUCUCCUACUAUUCUCUAUUGUGUGUUUGCUUCUCAACAGGAACAUUCCCUUGAAAGUAGAAGAUGGCUCGAUGAGGGCCUAAGCCCAUCUCGUGAAACACUUGGGCUCUAGCAACCCAACACUAGGGUCCACAUGACUGGUAUCACUCAUGUUUAUAUUAUUUUAUAGAUUAUUUGUGUGUUACACGUGUUCUACAAAGAGCGGAGGAGUAAACAAACCUAAUCACGUGUGCCCAAAGAGUACCCCUGAUGGAGACUCCAUAUAAACACCGAUAAGUCAUAAAGGGUUUGUGUGAAUAAUGGAAUGGUAAGCAUUACUCAUUUGAAAGUGUCCCACGGGAAAAGAGAGAGCAGACGAUUCUCGGCAUCAUGAUGCAAGAAUGACAUCUGAGAUCGCUCAUUCCAUUGUUUUACAGUCAUGAUAUGAUAGGAAUAAUUCUAUUUACUAGCUUGUAUAUCACCAUGCAUGACGACAUUUUUUUUACAUCUAGCCGAUAGAGAGGCCAUUGUGAAUAGAGGCCACUGCUAAGAGGGAACGAACGGUAAUCUUCUUCACUACAUGAGCAAAAGUCUCAUUAAAGUCAAUCCCAUACUCUUGAGUAAAUUCUUGGGAAACCAACGAAGCCUUGUACCUGUCUAAUGUCCCAUCGCGCUUGACCUUUAGAGUGAAAAGCCAGCGACUACCCCCAACUAGCUGAUCGGGAAGUGGAGGAAGAACAACUCCCCACGUUUGGUUGGCAUGAAGAGAAGCCAACGCGUUGGCCAUAGCUUGCUUCCAGAAAAUAUUACCUCGACCCUGAGAAUAUCGAGUCAAUAAAUUCUAGCCAUCAUCACUUAACCCUGAUAUUAGGUAGUGGAUCAUAAGUAACUUACAAGGUCAACAAUCAUGAGAGAAUCUUAACCGCAUCAUUAUGCAAGGACAUCAUACCAAAUAUUCCAAGCAUCAACCAAUCAUGCAUCAAAUUCUCAAAACGUAAGGGUGAAGCUUUUGAUAAUCAUUUAAGCUAUGAAUGCUUUCUACCAUCAACUUGAUAUAUCUUUAAAGCACACUUUGUCUUAUUCAAACUUUGAUAUAUUUUUAUGAUUUUUUAAUUUUCUUCCUCUUUCAACCGACUUUUCUUUUAUUUUUCUAGUUUUUCCCAUGGUGGAGAGUCUUUUUGAACUUUACCCUUAUUAGUCGAGUGGAGGUUCAAUGAAAUUAAGGGGUGUUGGAAGCUCUAUCCGUGCCUUUAAGAACACGUCUUCAAGUUAGCAUUCAAUUAGAUGGGUGAAAAUUUUACUUGUACUAGUGAAGAACUAGCAUCAUCUUGAAGGACUACGCCACUAAAGCUAAACUAGUAUCUCUUCCAAAACUCGAAGAGAUCAAGUGAUGAUAACUAGACUCAAUUAUUCAAAGUAAGAUGAAAAGUGAUCGUGCUUGUAGGGGAUGACUAAAGUCAUUAGAUGGAAACACAUCCUUCGUUCUUUCAAAAAAAUUUAAGCACAUAUCACAACCAUUUUAGCAUAAAAAAUAUUUCAACUUUUUAACUAUUAAAGAUAUAGCAUGUAGUAACUAGUAAGCAUAACAAGGUAAACCAUACUAGCCAUUCCCAUCCCACACUUUACAAUGAACAGUGUCCUCAAUGUACUAAAAGAUAAUGAGUCGUGGUAAAGUUGGAACGAAUAACCUCGAAUGUCGCAAAAAAAUAUGAAUUUAUUCUCAUUUGUAACUAGUCUCCAUAUUGUUUUGAAAAAACAAAAGAUAAAUACACAAAAGGCUUCCUCAAAGUCCAUCUCCUAUAUGCUUGGUCCUCCUAGUGGUGGCGAAUCUCCUGGGUGAAGGCCUCUGAAUGAGUUGUUGAAGUCCUCCAUCCACGAAUGGCUCCAUUGUUGCGCCUCCUCUUGUCUUUUGUUUCAAUCUAGAAUCUCCUCUUGCUUCAUCCGUCUCCCAUGCUCCAAGGCAUCCCAAUGUCGCUCGUUCAUGGUUUGGAAGUUGAUCAAGCUCUCUUUCAUACGUUCUAUGGCUACUUUUUAUUUCUGCCAUAGGGGAACCAAAGUUGCCAUAUUGAGGUAGUGGUGGUGGUGGAUGUCCAACUCAAUGUCCAAGAUCUGGUAGCCUCUCUAAACGCAUUGAUGGUUUCCCUGCCUUAUGCCAUGCAUAGUAUGUUGGGCAACUGGCCCUGGCGAGGUCAACUCCAUUGCUUUUUACUUUGUCGACUCCAAAGAUGAAAGCUGGUUGAUGAUAGAUAGAACCUGCACUGCCAAUGGAUCCCAAAGAGCAAAGCCAUACUCCUCUCUAUGAUUGACGAUGUACUGGGCUAUGGUAUGAACAUAGCCUCCUCCUGGUAUUCAUCAAGAUAAACAAUGGAUGUGUACCUCAGAAGAUUGUCUACCACGAACCAUGUUGGAUGAAGCCACUAGUGAUGCAUCAAAGAGUGAUACAGAAUCAUAUAAAUGGUGGUCACCUUCCCACCAUCACCCUUCUGCCUCAUGCUAAAAUUUGUUCGACUAAAGUAUUGCAUGAACUUGAUGGAGAACAGCUUGAUCAAGGUUGGUGAGGAAUGGCUAUCAAAGAACACGACCUUGCGAUCUCUUGUAAUCCUCUUCCAAAGCUCCUGGAAGAUGGGAACCUGUGUUUUGGGCUCUCAAUAGGAUCCAAAGCUAGCAUAGGAGAGUUUCCUCUCCCUAUAAUGGUACGAGAUCCCUAUCUUCUCGUUGAAGCUAUCAUAACUAUCUUUGAAGAUUCAUCCCGCCAAUUGAUAGGAUCAUAGGAGAUGCUUGUCUCACUCGAGCUCCCUACUACUUCCACUGUCAAUGAGGGCAAGAACUCUCGAGUGAGAGCAUCGUUUCUCUCUCCUCUAAUGAUGAAUAACAACAUGAGACCAACAUAAUCCAAUAUUUGUCUCCAUUGUGUUCCCCAUCCGUGGUUGAUGACUGAUAUAUACACAUGUUUUUGUCCACCAUUCUUACACCGUUUGAGUCUUAUCUCUCUUGUUUUAGGCCGAUUUCACACUAGGUUGUUCUUGUUUGUGAUAUUUCAGGUCCUAGUACGUGAAUGAAGGUUUAGGAAUGAGUUCGGGGUCGAUUGGACGGAGAUCGGACAUUUGGCGAGAAGCUGAGGAAGUCACACGGGCAUGCCUAAAAUCCACACGGCCGUGUAAGGGAACCCAUGUGGCCGUGUGAAAAUUCCAGGGAACUCACACGGGCAGCCUGGAAAUCCACGCGUCCGUGUGGUUGUGGCCGUGUAGGAUGGCUGAAGUCCACUUAUCGAAACGCCGCGUUUUGCACUUCCACACGGGCAGCUGGGGAUUUCACACGGUCGUGUGGCCUGGCCGUGUGGUCGGGAAAUUCUGGGUUUUAACCCAAUUUCGAGCCAAAGGAAAAAGGGAGCUGGGUUUUGGAUCCCAAACACCCAAGGGACGAACCAAAGAGAGAGAGGGUGAUCUAGAGCCAUUCUUGGAGCUAUUUUGGAGGAUUUCUUAACCAUUGGAGCUCGAGAAUCAAGCUUGGAGAUGGAGAUUGAAGAUCUAGAUCAGAUUUCUGCAGUCUCUCUCUUCUCUAUGGAGUAACUUCCCUUCACUUAGGUUUUGAGGAACCCUAGUUCCAUAUGUUUGGAUCUUUAUUGUAUGAAGUUUUGGAUGCUAUAUUGUGUGAUUAUAAUCGAUUGAGGCAUGAUUUAUUGAUUCAAUUGAAUCCUGAUCAAAUUCUCUUGAUUUCUGCUUUAACCUUUCAUAGAUAGAAUCUAAUUAGGUUAAGAGAGCUUCCUUGAUUGAUAGUAGUGAAUUGGUUGUGCGAGAGUCAGUCAAUUCACUACUUUGUACUGGAAUUCAUUCCAGUAGUGGAUAUCUGUGUGAAUUGCCUUAUCAGUCUAUCCCGGUGAAGGCUAGUCGCCUGUCGGGUAUUCUGUCUAAGAGGGCUUGGUCAGCUUAAGAGAUUCCAAGCUAAUUUAGGAUCUUCCGCAGUUUAAUCAACAGUAAAACAACCAAAAGGAAUUACAACUUGGACCUAAUUGAGGAGCUAGGGGGAAUCAUACCUAAGUGAGUUCCCAAAUUGUAAUUAGUAGUUUUACUUAGUUUAGUUAGUAGAGUAGUUUAGUUAAUCAAUCCUUAAUUUGAUUUUCUAGAUAAUGAACUGAAGCUGAGUAAUAGUACAUCUAGAGACCCGAGGAUUCGAUAUUUAUUACUUGCACCACUAUACUGCAGUCCCUUUCAUUGGUUACACUUGGCCAUUGUUAGGUGUUGUGUCGUAGCGUGUCAAGUUUUUGGCGCCGUUGCCGGGGACCUUCUAGAUUAUUAGGAAAGACAGAAGUUUGUUACUUUAGCGUUUUUCUUUUCUUUUCCACCCUUGCUUUUCACUUGGGUGUUUUUGUUUUUUGUUGGUGCAGAUCUGGAUCAUGGAUCCUCAUGGCUUCUCCAACCAUUGGGGGUAUCCACCACCGUCCGAGUGGUAUUACCCCGAGACUCCCUGGAGCAAUCAAGGAGGAGAAGACUAUGGAUUCGGGUUCCAGUACCAACCCCCUUACUACGGAGAACAAUCAGACCCUUGGGCAUAUCAAGAACAACCUCUUUACCAAGAAGACUUUCUCCCACAACCAGAAGGGCCAUCGGUGCUGGAGUUACCCAUGGCUGCCUUCACGGGCCAUUAUGCAGAGCCAUGCUACACUCCACAGCCAGAUCCAAACUAUGAAUUGAGGCUUCUCAUGGAGCAGUUUGCUCGAGACAGUGAUAGAUCAUGGUCCAGGAUGGAUCUUUGUACCCAGGCCUAUCGUGAAACAGAGGAGAUCCUCCUGAGCAUUAAGAAGAGCGUCGAUGAUCUUGAGCGAUCUUAUGCACAACCUGCUCUAGAUCGCCCUUCUGCUACCAUACUAGAAGAGGUGGAGGAAGAAGAAGUCCACAAGGACAUGGUGGAGCACACUGAAGUUGUCACGAAGAGCUCCCGUGAUGAUCAUGAUCAGGAAUGUCCUGUCGUAGCCGACCACACCUUCCCACACCCCAAACUGAGCUUUGAAGAGGCGGGCAUGAGUGAGGAGAUGCAAGAAGAUCUCAUGAAAGAAAUUGCUUGGCAACUUGCUCUCCAAUCCGUGCUAGAAGAAGAGAGAGAAAGGAUGCAGAAAGAAGUUGUGGAGUAUGACAAAAGUGAAGCAGAAGGAGUUCUUGAUCAUUUCCUAGGGGUGAUACCACAUGAAGAAGGAAGGGAGGUUGAAGAAGCAAUUGGCGUUCAGGCUGUGGACGGAGUUGAGGUGGAAGAGGCAUGCACCGGCCAUGAGUUACAUGUGAUAUCUCCACCAAACUUCGAGGAACUACUUAGCAAGGACCCAUUUGCAGUGUCUCUUUGCCAGACCAAGGCCACGUCGACAUCGGUCCCUCUUGGUGGACACGAUGGUGGUCAAUCGAUGUUUUCAUAUCUGGUUUGGGGCAAUGAGACGAGAGAAGAGAAGAAGAGGUCUCGAGGGUGGAGACGUUAUCUGCAUCAAGUGCACGAGCUUCCAUCACCUGCCAUACCACAUGUUUGUGACUUGAGACACCACCUCAUCGACGAGAACCUCAACUUCAAGGAGGUUUUGGGGUGGACUGAAACAUAAGAGCUAUCGUCCGGCUCACGACGUGAAAUAAGCGCUUGUUGGGAGGCAACCCAACCAGUUGGUUUGCAUUUCUUUCUCUAUUUCCCCUCGGUUGAGUCAGUUUUGUUCUUUGAUUUUAGAGUCAAUAACUCAACCUUUGUGAGAUUUUGUGUGGUGUUUGUGUUCCGACUAGUCUCUCCUCCUGGAAUGCACCGCCUGCCCCGUCCACCAUCACUCACCCUUGAUCUCGUAACUUCGUUCUACCCUCCUUAUCUUUCCUCCAUUGAGGACAAUGUCGUGCUUAAGUGUGGGGGGAUGUUCGAUUAUGUAUGCGGGUGAAUGUUUGGCUGUUUGUGUGCUUGGAGCCUAGUCCACUGUCCAAAUUUUUAAUUUUGAGGGCUCCAAGUACGUGUUUCCUUGCAAAUUGCCUGCUCAGUAUGCUUUGAAUUGGCAGUCUCUAUAGUAAUGUGCAACCUAGGGAGGUAGUGUAACACUAUGGAGGAUGUUGAAGUAUAAGAUUUUUCCUAUCUAGCUCUAUGUUGUGCCAGUUGAUUUUGUGAAUUAGUGGAGCUAGGACCGUUGAAUUCAUGUGAUAAUGGCGACUCUAUUUGGAUUGUGUUAUGGCAUCGUGUAUCGAACAGGGUGCUCAUAUGAAAAAUGAAAUGCAGUUGGUCCUCCAUGUCAAAAUCAUUAAAUCUUAAACAUGGGG